AUGGCUGAAACCAAUCUAAGUGAAAUAAAGAUCGACCUCAGUUCAUUUUCUUCGCGUAGUAAAGAUGACACGUUGAGACAAGAGACGAAUGAGGGUGAAGAGAAUGAGAACAACCGGUUGCAUCACAGCGAACUCAAGAUCGACCAGAUUUCACUUGCUUUGGAUAGUGGGAAUGACCCCUUGAGACCAACGGCGAACGAGGGAGAAGAGAAGGAAAACAACCAACUGCAAGGGGAAAAGGUCCUGGAGGUUCCAAAAGCAGAAACGCAAGAAAACAUUAAUUCCAACAAGGAUGAAAGUUCACUCCCUUCUUGGCUAGAGGAAGAGAUCACAAAGCCUAAAAACAACCAACCCCUAUUGCCGACGAUUCCUAAGGUUCCAAAAAAGAUUUUUCGAGAAAGAACCGCGGAAUUCUGCCACCCCUUGGCGAUUUCGAUUGGUCCUUAUAACAAUUUUUAUCGUCAGAAUAAACUUGAAAAGUUGGAGAAACUCAAGUUUCGAAUGAUGCAACAGUUUGUACAAGGUAGUAAAAUAAAGACAAAAGAAGGUUACCGCGAAGUAAAAAAGGCGGCUCUAGAAGCAAGGGGAUUUUACUCGAAGCCAAUAACAGAAAAAUUCAGUGAUGAGGAUUUCAGCAAGAUGAUGAUCACUGAUGGUUGCUUCAUUCUCCAAUUCAUUGAUCGCUGUCGUAAGCGCAAAUAUGAGAAGUUGGAGAUGACUAAUCAGGAAAUUGUUCAUGUAAAACGAGACUUAUUAUUAUUGGAGAACCAACUACCUCUUUCAUUUCUGAAGUCAUUGUUGAAGUUGAAGUACGAAACAGAGGAUGAGAGGAAAGAAAUCAUCAAUCAUUUUCUCUCUCUGUAUAUUCGCCAACCAAAUGAACAAAUUCCAAAGUGGGUCUGGAUAAUCUUGACUGCAGUACAGCUGCUUAUGACCCCGAUCAUAGUGCUGUUGUUAGUACCUUUAGUAGUUCCUUUAUGUUGCAUAAUUUGUUGUUGUUGUCGGGGUGCAUUCAAGGACCUUCUACAGGAUAUAGAUCAGUCACCACCACCACCUAAAGCGGAUUUAGAUCGGUCAGCAUCUCCUUCAAAACGGUCUCCACCAUCCGAAGAGAAAAAGGAAGCCACAGGAGAUGAUGGACAGCCUGCCCAUCUUCUUGGACUUCUGUAUUCCAAAUUCACGAAUUUUCAACAAGGAAAUAGAACCCUGAAGCUCACUCAAGGAAGCCGAGGCCAUUACUUGUUUUAUUCUGCCAAGAAUCUUAAGAAGAUUGGGAUCCGUUUUCGUCCGAGCAAGACUAGUGCUUUGACGGAUGUCAAAUUCAAGUCAUCCUAUUUCUCUGGAACUUUGGAACUUCCUCCAAUUACCAUAGAUGCAUCAACCAAAUCCAUGCUCUUAAACUUGGUGGCCUAUGAAAAAUGUGCUGCUUGUCAACAUUGGGUCACUUCAUACAUAUGUUUCAUGGAUUCGUUGAUUGACGACGCUGGAGAUGUAGAGGAGUUGCGAUCUAAGAGCAUACUGUUUAAUCAUCUGGGAUCAGACCAGCAGGUUGCAGAUCUUUUCAAUGACAUGUGCCAUUCCUUGGAACCUGAUGCUGAUGCUUAUAAUGAUAUUAAAGGGCACAUUAAUAAGCAAUGUGGGCGCAUCCUGAUGAGAUGGAUAUCUGAGUGGAAGAGAACUUAUUUUAGGAGUCCCUGGACCGUUAUUACAGUUCUUGCUGCCUCUCUUGGGUUGGCACUAACCGCUACUCAGACCUACUAUGCAAUACCCUGA